UCGGCGAACGCAGAGAGCGUUGCUGCCUUACUGCCGCUCCCGUCUCUGUUCCCUUCAUCGCCUCCUUCCUCAGAUCCGCUCUCGUCUCUCUCUGUUUCCGUUUGCCUUUUUCUCUUUUGAGCUGAGAUCUUUGUUCAUUUUGUCGAUCCGAUCUGUUCUUGUUCCCAAUUCCCCACCCUCGAUCUCUUCUCGUUCUCUAAUGUAUUGAUUCCUUGGGUCUGCUCCCCUUCUUUCGCCUCCAUUCCGUCUCCCCCUCUUCUUGAAAUUGCAUAGUUUGGAUCUGAAUCUGGGGUGUUAGCUCCGUUGCCAUGGAUCGGUCCGGCGGGAGCCCUGGAUUUGGGCUCUCCUCGAUUGUUGUUCUUCUGCUCAUCUUCCUCGGUUCCUUUUCCUCCCUGGUGUUGGCCCAGGAAUUAGAGGUGGACAAUGAUGAGACUGCAUCGAGCUUCUCGGCCAAAUCGUUGGAUCGGCGCACGAAGAUGUUGCUUCACCCAUUCCGAAAAGAUGAGAAUGCGAGCGACGGCAGAGUUGUGUCUUUGGACCAAACGGGGUUGGGGCUCUUCGAUGCCUUCUUUGCUAGCUUGUCCAUGAUCAUUGUCAGUGAGAUCGGAGAUGAGACUUUUAUUAUUGCUGCUCUUAUGGCGAUGCGUCAUCCAAAAUCAAUUGUUUUGUCUGGUGCACUCAUGGCGCUUGUUGUGAUGACGGUACUGUCAACUGGACUUGGUAGGAUCGUGCCCAAUUUGAUAUCGAGGAAGCACACCAACAGUGCAGCUACUGUGCUUUAUGCAUUUUUUGGCCUUCGAUUACUGUACAUUGCCUGGAGAUCAGAUUCGAAGACAUCACAGAAGAAGGAAAUGGAAGAAGUUGAAGAAAAACUUGAGUCAGGGCAAGGGAAGUCGACAUUGCGCCGCUUCUUUUCAAGAUUUUGUACACCAAUAUUCUUGGAGUCAUUUAUUUUGACCUUUUUGGCUGAGUGGGGGGAUCGCAGUCAGAUAGCAACUAUUGCGGCCAUGAGAGAACGGCGCAUGGGCAAGCUCGUCGUCCUUCCCUUCUCCGCCAGCUGCGUCUCCCGCUCCAGUGUUGCCGUCAGCCAAAGCCAACCAAAGAGAGUACAAGGAAGAGAGCUCGAGAAGCAGUCCACUGCGAAGACGAAGAGGGCUCACAAGAUCCAGAAGCUGCUGAUCAAGAGUCUGAAGAGCUUAUCUCAGAUGUUUGCGGUUUACGAAGAGGAGGAUGAAGAGAGGGAGAUGGAGAUCGGUUUCCCGACCGACGUGCAGCAUGUGGCUCACAUAGGACGGGAUGGGUUCGACACUACUGCUGCUGCCAUGAACAACAUGGACGUGAAGAGCUGGGUCAAAGGUCCGGAGCUCCUCCCGCUUGACCCCGUCUCACUGCAGCAAUUUGAGGCGGCCAUGGCGACGCUGGCUUCUGUUCCUCCACCCCGCCGUCCGUGAGGUGCUGCUGCUUUGUUGUUCUUCCUAUUUGCUUCUUCUUCUUCUUCUUGCUGCUUUCGUUAAGCCGUCACAUUUUAGUAGUUCUUGUUCUCUACUUGGUGUUUGUGAUAACAAUAUGGACUUCGUCGAAUCAUCUCUCUCUCUCUCUCUCUGACCUCA